GCCCCUCAGCGGCGCCCGCCAUGUUCGCGGAGCUGAACGAGCUGCUCGGGGCCUCCCCGGAGCGCCCGGACGCGGGUAAAUUCACCCUGCUGCGAGACACCCGGACAGAUGGCAGCUUCCUGGUUCACCACUUCCUCUCCUUCUACCUCAGAGCUGGCUGCAAGGUUUGCUUUGUGGCCCUGCUCCAGUCCUUCAGCCACUACAGCAUCGUGGCACAGAAGCUGGGAGUCAGUCUGGCAGCUGCCAAGGAGCAGGGACAGCUUGUCUUCCUGGAGGGUCUCAAGUCCUGCCUUGACCUCCUGUUUGGGGAGGAGGAGCAGCCAGGACAGCCCAGUCCUCUGCAGUUUCUGAGCGGGAGCAGCUGUGACCUGCGAGCCCUGUUUGACUUCGUGCGGGUGUCCCUGAGCGCCACCGCCGGCCAUUCCUGGAAGGGCCCCGUGCUGUUGGUGGAUGACCUGAGUGUCCUGCUGAGCCUGGGGGCUGCGCCGGUGGCCGUGCUGGACUUCAUCCACUACUGCCGUGUGUGUGUAUGCUGCCAGCUGAAGGGGAACGUGGUGGUGCUGGUUCACAGCAAUGAGGAUUCAGAGGAUGAGGAGAAUGAACUGGUUGUGAACUCCCUGUGCCAUCACAGCGACCUCAUCCUGUGGGCAGAGGGGCUGGCCACCGGCUUCUGCAAGGAUGUUCACGGGCAGAUCAAGAUCAUCAAGAGAUUGUCCUUGCGGCAGGCAGAGCAGGACCAGGUCCAGACCUACCAGUACAAGAUCCAGGACAGGAACGUCACCUUCUUUGCACGGGGGCUGUCAGCUGCAGUCCUGUGACACUGGGACAGUGCAGAGCCUGCAGUGUCAGUCCCUGCCUCUGCAAAAGCACCACCAGCACCUCUCAGGAGCAGCACAGUGAGCUGACCCACGAGGGAGGCUCAGACACACCUGCAAGUGGUGCCACCGUGGGAUCAGCCUGCCUGGGGCCUGCUGCAUCCCUUUGUCCUCCCACCCCGUUCCCAACACACUCAGGCCAAGAAAGAGAGCAAGAACUUGCAAGAAUGGCCCAGAAUGGCCCUUGGAGCAUGUAAAUACAGGCAGGGGGUGCCCUGCGGGCUGGGUGUGCCUGGCCUCACCUUUUCCGGUGCCAGGCACUGCACGGAGGGAGCUGGAGCUGGCACGGGAGGGGAUGACACACAGCGGGUGGAGCAGGGAUGGUCCCGGGGCCUGGUGCAAUCCUCCCCUCGCUCCCAGCUCUGGCUGGCAGAGGUUUGGCCAUCUGCCAGCUUCCCUGCACUUGGUAAAUCCACAGCUCCGUGUGCAGCCCUCCCCUGGCUGUGCUGAGAGCUGGCACUGCCAUGCUUUAUCAAACCCUGUGGCUUCCCAAGCUCAGCCUGGGCUUUGUGCUUGGAUAAACCCCUCUGUGAGCCUGUGUCAGCCACUGCUUCCUUAUCCCAAACCCUGACUCGAGUUACACGACCUGCCUGUGCUGAAGCAGGUUUUUCUAUUAAUAAUCUGUAAUUUCAGUGAGAUAAGGGUACAGUGAUUAAGUAACCGUGGAUCUCUGGGUGGGAACUGCUCCCCACCUGCUCCUUGGCAGGGAACAGGAAUGGGCAUAUCCCAAGCCUGGGUGAGGACAGAGCCUUCUCCUGGCCACAGAGCUCAGGCCUGGAGGUCUCCUGGUAGCUGCUCCUGCUGGGAUAUCCCAUUUAUCCUGGGAGAU